AUGGCAGUACACUUCAUUUGCAGCAGCAGCGCAGCAUGGUUUCGUAGAGGUUCUAGCGACGUCCGCAAAUUGCUUUUUCGACGCAAUUGCUUCAUUUCUUCAUCUGGGAAACCGUCGUUAGGUACAGUCCUCAUAUCACGGAAUGGAAAUUUUGUUGCAGCCAUGAAUGGUCUCUUGCCCAAUGUUUCUUGCCACUUACAAAUGAAGCUUUGUUAUUACAUUAACUGGCCUAAACCUUGCACCAUUUCUCUAUCUAUAUAUAAUAUAUAUAUGGCUUCUCAUACUAUGCCAUGCAUUGCACCUUUAUCAUGUUUGCUUCUGCUGCUUUCCUCCUUCUCGCAAUGCCAAGCGCAGCUCUCCCCUACAUUUUACGACAAAACAUGCCCUAACGCUCUAAACAUCAUUCGCACUGCCGUAAGGCAAGCCGUGUCCACUGAGUGUCGCAUGGCUGCUUCCUUGGUUCGUCUCCAUUUCCACGACUGCUUUGUCCAGGGUUGCGAUGCUUAUCUUAUUAGACGAAGGGUUGCGAUGCUUAUCUUAUUAGACGAGUCACCGACCAUUAAGAGCGAAAAGACAGCGUUGCCCAACCUUGGCUCUGCUAGGGGUUAUGAUGUGAUAGAGGCUGCAAAGGGCGAGCUAGAGAAAGCUUGUCCUGGUAUUGUAUCUUGUGCUGAUGUAUUGUCUUUGGCUGCACGUGAUGCAACUGUUGCUGUGGGAGGUCCGUCUUGGACAGUGAAGCUGGGAAGAAGAAAUUCCACCAUGGCUAGUCGUACCAUAGAUCUCCCUAGCCCUUUCGACAAUCUAGAUAGACUUAUAUCCAACUUUGUAAGCAAAGGUCUUAAUACAAGAGACCUGGUUGCCUUGUCUGGUGCACAUACUCUCGGCCAAGCUCAAUGCUUCCUAUUUCACGAUAGAAUAUAUGGCAAUGGUACUGACAUUGAUGCCGAUUUUGCUAACACUAGAAGACGGAAUUGUCCAAAAGACACCGGAAAUGGAAAUUUGGCACCCCUUGAUUUGGUGACACCCAAUUCCUUUGAUAACAACUACUAUAAGAACCUGUUGCAAAAGAAAGGUCUGCUUCAAUCGGAUCAAGUUCUAUUCAGCGGUGGAGCAACAGACAACAUAGUUUCAGAAUAUGCAAGGAGCCCUCAGGCAUUUCAAACAGAUUUCGCGUCAGCAAUGAUUAAAAUGUCUGAAAUUCAGCCUCUCACAGGUCAAAAUGGGAUCAUUAGGAAGGUCUGUGGUGGUUUGAACUAG